CUACGUUAAGUAAAAGCGAACACCUUUUGACAUCUUAAACAGAUUCAAAAAGAGGCAACUUUCAGCUUCAGAUUCUGGAAUCCGAACGUUAACAAAAGGUUCUCGGUUUCGAAACGAGAAGAUAGGGUUUAGGAGCUUGAUGAAAUGGCCUUGUUCCGCAAAUUGUUCUACCGCAAACCUCCAGAUGGUUUGCUCGAGAUAUGCGACAGAGUUUUCGUGUUCGACUGUUGCUUCUCCGACGACUCUUGGGAAGAAGAAAACUACAAAACUUACAUGGCCGGAGUAGUCAAUCAGCUACAGGAGCACUUCCCCGAGGCAUCCUCUCUUGUGUUUAACUUCCGUGAAGUGGGUACUCGGAGUGUGAUGGCUGAUGUCUUGUCAGAACACGGCUUGACCAUUAUGGACUAUCCUCGCCACUACGAAGGCUGCUCGUUGCUGCCUGUGGAAGUCAUGCACCAUUUUCUUAGGUCCAGUGAAAGCUGGCUCUCGCUUGGUCCAAAUAACUUGUUGUUAAUGCAUUGCGAGCGAGGGGCUUGGCCGGUUCUAGCUUUCAUGCUAGCUGCUCUUCUUAUUUACCGGAAGCAGUACUGUGGUGAGUACAAGACCUUGGACAUGAUCUGCAAGCAGGCUCCGCGCGAGCUUAUGCAUUUGUUCUCACCGUUGAACCCGAUUCCUUCUCAGCUGCGUUAUUUACAGUAUGUGUCGAGAAGGAAUGUGGUCUCUGAAUGGCCUCCUCUGGAUAGGGCUCUCACCAUGGAUUGUGUUAUUUUGAGAUGUGUUCCUGAUGUUAGUGGGCAAGGAGGUUGUCGCCCAAUCUUUACAGUAUAUGGUCAGGAUCCUUUUUUUGUUGAUGAUAAAAAGCCUAAGCUUUUGUACUCAACUCCUAAGAAAGGGAAACACCUUAGGAUCUACAAGCAGGCAGAAUGUGAACUAGUCAAGAUUGACAUCAACUGUCAUGUGCAAGGUGAUAUAGUGAUUGAAUGCCUCAGUUUGAACGAUGACAUGGAGAGAGAGGUCAUGGUGUUUCGAGCGGUUUUCAACACAGCUUUUAUCAGAUCAAAUAUUUUGAUGCUCAACCGUGAUGAGGUUGACACAUUAUGGGAUAUAAAAGAACAAUUCCCAAAGGGGUUCAGAGUUGAGCUUCUCUUCUCGGAUAUGGAUGCUGCCUCGUCUGUUGAUUCGAUGAACUUUUCAUGUUUGGAAGAGAAAGAUGGUCUUCCAAUAGAAGUUUUUUCCAAAGUUCAUGAUUUCUUCAAUCAAGUUGACUGGGAUGAUCAGACGGACGCCACUCGCAAUAUGCUUCAGCAUUUAGCUAUUGCAAAUGCUGUCCAGGAAAGACCAGAUGGGAAUUCAAGUCCAGGACCACAAGGUUUAAGCCCCAGAAAUAUCCAUGAUAUAGUGAAACAGGCAGCAAUUGAGAAUAAUGCAAAACUAAAAUUGUCGUCAGUGUCCGAGGUUGAAACGGUCGACACGCCUGAAAACCGACCUUCCGGUUCGGUAAAGAAGCUUGUAGCAGAAGAUAUGCAUUCUGUUCUUCAGAUAAGUAGCCAAGCAAACACCACCAGUCAUGAGUCCCCUUCUCUCAAGCUUGUGCAUCAUUCUGCCACAGUUAAACCUUUUGUAGAGAGUUCUGACUUCUCUGAAAAUGCUGAGGAGAAUAUCUCGAGUCCACCUCGGGAAAACAGGAGCACACUGUCACCACCUCACGCGGAAAGAACGUCGUUGGUUCCACAAGGAGCACCUUCCCCACCUCCUCCACUUCCAACUGUUGCUUCUCAACCUUCAGAGAAAUUUCAUCAUUCUGUUGUCCAACCGGCGGAGACACUUCAACAGGGAAACGCAUGGGUGUCAUUAGCUGGCUCUACAUUUCAUCGAACAACUCCAAACGCAGAGCAUCCUAUGACACUGCCUUCAACAUCUCUUCCCCUUCCUCCUGCAUCUAAUGUUCCUACUCGGGAGUCUUCUAAAAUAACAAAAUCAUCUUCAGCUCUGCCCUCUCCUAUGUUAUCAGCUACUACAGCCAAACAAAUCCAAACUGAGACAUCAGGUUCUUUCUGUCCUCCUGGUUCAUCUUCAAUAGGAGCUCCCAAUGAUGUGGCUACACCUCUUGGACAACCGGCUAGGUCACCUCCUCCAGUGUCUAAAUCAGACAAAACACAUAUGUUACCUCGACCACCACCACCUCCCCCUCCUCCGAUGCGGCAUGCAGACCAGAACACUGUCGCUAGAGUUUCCCCUCGUAUACCACCCCAAGCGCUAGCUACAGGUGCCUCUCCUCCCCCUCCCCCAGCUCCUCCAACGCCUCCACCGCUUCCUACUUCUUCUGCUCCCCCUCCCCCACCUCCUCCAACACCUCCACGGCUUCCUACCUCUUCUGCCCCUCCUCCCCCUCCCCCUCCAAAAGCGCCACCUCCACCACCAAUAGGUCAGAUGAAGGCACCGUCAGCACCACCUCCACCACCACCGUUGGGUCAGAUGAGACCACCAUCAGCACCACCUCCUCCUCCUCCUCCAAAGUUAGGAACAAAGUCAUCCCCAUCUACUGGUUCUAGUGUGCCUCCAACACCUGCCUUACCAGCUGGACCUCUUUCAUCAGGAAAAGGGAGAAUGUUACCUGUAAAUUCAAAGAAUAACACAGCCAAAAAGCUGAAGCCAUACCACUGGUUGAAACUGACAAGAGCUGUCAAUGGGAGCUUAUGGGCUGAUACACAAAUGUCUAGCGAAGCUUCUAAGUAUGGAUUGUUCAUCUUGUCGUUAGCUAUUUCAAUGAUACCUCCGGUUCUUGUAUUUACUAAGCUAUUAAUUCUUAUUUGUUACUUUAGGGCUCCUGAGAUUGACAUGAAAGAGCUUGAAAGUCUUUUCUCCGCAUCAGCUCCAGAAGAGGCAGGAAAGUUAAAACUAAAUAGCUGUCGUGGACCUAAACCUGAGAAAGUCCAACUGAUUGAACACAGGCGAGCAUACAACUGUGAGAUUAUGCUUUCAAAAGUGAAAGUACCUCUGCAGGAUUUGAUGUACUCAGUGCUUAACCUGGAGGAAUCUGCUCUUGAUGCUGACCAGGUUGAGAACCUAAUUAAGUUUUGUCCAACAAGAGAAGAAAUGGAAUUACUAAAGGGUUACAAUAGUGACAAGGACAAGCUUGGAAAGUGCGAACUGUUCUUCUUAGAGAUGAUGAAAGUCCCACGAGUGGAGACAAAGCUCAGGGUGUUCUCUUUCAAAAUUCAGUUUCGUUCUCAGAUUUCUGAACUCAGGAAUAGUCUAAGUGUUGUUAACUCCGCAGCAGAGCAGGUGAAGAAUUCAGAAAAAUUCAAAAGAAUAAUGCAGACUGUCUUGUCCCUCGGAAACGCCCUAAACCAAGGGACUGCUAGGGGUGCUGCGGUUGGGUUUAAACUGGAUAGUCUGCCAAAACUCAGUGAAACACGGGCGCGGAAUAACCGUAUGACUCUGAUGCAUUAUCUAUGCAAGGUAAACUGCUAUUUUCUGCGCUUCUGUAGCUUUCUGGAUGUAUUACUAGAUGAAGAAAGAUAUAGUCUGAUGGAUUCACUGCAGAUUCUUGCUGAGAAAAUGCCAGAAGUCUUAGAUUUCGCAAAAGAUUUUUCCUCACUGGAGCCUGCAACAAAGAUUCAACUGAAGUUUUUGGCUGAGGAGAUGCAAGCUAUAAACAAGGGACUAGAGAAAAUCGUACAGGAACUCUCCUUGUCCGAAAGUGAUGGCCCAAUUUCACACAACUUUAACAAGAUAUUGAAGGAGUUCCUUCAUUAUGCGGAAGCAGAAGUAAGGUCCUUGGCUUCACUCUAUUCGGGAGUGGGAAGAAACGUUGAUGGCUUAAUUUUCUACUUCGGUGAAGACCCUACUAAGUGCCCUUUUGAACAAGGGGUGUCGACUCUUCUAAACUUUGUAAGACUGUUCAAUCGUGCUCAUGAAGAAAACGUAAAACAACUUGAAGCCGAAGCUAAGAAGAAGGCUGAGGAGGAGAAAUUAAAAAUAGGUCGGUUAGAUAAAGAAAGCAGCAAGCCCUUAUCCUUGGAGAAGGAGAAAGCAAAAAUAAGUGGGUCAGAUCGAGAAAGCAGGAAGCCCUUGUCCUUGGAGGAACAAGUUAAGAAGGAGAAAGCAAAAAUAAGUGGACUAGAUAAAGAAAGCAGCAACCCCUUGUCCUUGGAGGAACAAGUUAAGAAGGAGAGAACAAAGAUAAGUGGAUUAGAUCAAGAAAGCAGCAAGCCCUUGUCCUUGGAUGAACAAAUUAAGAAGGAGAAAGCAAAGAUAAGUGGAUUAGAUAAAGAAAGCAGGAAGCCCUUGUCCUUGGAUGAACAAGUUAAACAGGAGAAAGCAAAAAUAAAUGGAUUAGAUCAAGAAACGAAGGAGCCACUGAAUGAAAGAACAGCUGCAUGAAGAAUAACCAGUUCUUCAUAUUUCUUAGAUAACAAAGGACGUAAGAGCAGAAAUAGUUUAUCUUCUUUUACCUUGUCACCUAACGGCAAAUUAACUUGUAAAAUAGGGAGGGGUAUAAACAUUGUAAUUAUUAAGCAAUAAACACAAAUACAGCAUACAUGUGAGUUGUGACAUGUCUGGUCUAAUCUCUUUCUGGGGGUUAAGCUGGCUGCAAUAAGCAGUGUAAUUUGAUUUACCUCACCUGUGUAAUAAACACUGUAUGGAGACAGGCGUAAAGCAGAAUACAUGUUUUGUAAGCAAGGGAAGAGAUCAGCUGCAUGAAAUGUGGUAGACAAGGUAAGUCGGGAAAACAAAAAGGAG